CGGCAGUGUUGACUUACCUUUAUCGUGGCUUGUGUGAGGCAUCACACCCAAAUAUAAAAGCACUAACAGGAUGUCAUUUCCUGUUACAAGUUUGGGGAUAUUGUCGGUUGAGUUAUAUCGCUCCGAAAAAUGAUAACCCACUCCAGUGGCCGCUUGGAUUAAAGUAAUCGUGAUCAAUUUUUUUUUUAAUAUUUAUUUCGUCACAUUUUCUCACUUCUUAUUAAUAUUAUUAUUUGAUAAAUUAGUUACUAAAUUGUUUAUAUCAUUUGUUAGAUGGACAGGUGCAGGUUCAAGAUAUUAUGAAAAUCCAAGCCAUGACACUAUUUCUUACCGAAAAAAGUUUGAUGACAUACUACCCCAUGAUUUUAAAUGGAGACCAUACAAGAAUGUUCCACACAACUUGCCUGAAGAAUAUUGGGAGUGGACUGCAACAAGUUACCUUAUAUGUUUUGACAAAGUUGAAUGGCAUCCAACUGAUAGGGUCAAGCUCCAAUUUGGUCUGCCACAAGAAAUACCAGGGCCCCCACGAGACAUGACACAGUACCAUGUAAUAGACAAACGGUUCAAGACGUGGUACAAAUCAAAUGGUUAUCGCUUUCCAGAAGAGUGCGAACAUUGGGACAACCGACGGAGCCAUACUUUACCACGCAUGCGGCCAAGAUCACUCACCCACACUCAUGCGUAUAUUGAGUGGUUGACAACCACAUGCAACCCACGUCUAAGGAUUUCAAUUGAAACAAACCCAUCAAAUUCAGAUCCAGACGAAGCCGAAGAGCCGGAACAUGAACCUGAAAUUCGCAACAACCAAACACCAAUUCAUGAUGAUUUUUGGGAUCAAGACAUUUUUUCUCAACUACAUGAUCAUCAAUCCCAACCACAUACAACCCAAAACAUUCAUGGUUCUGUAAUGUAUGAAUUUCUCGACACCCCCCAACAAAACAUCAUCCAACCACCACCAUAUACCUCCCCGAGAAAUGCAUAUGAGCCCCAUUAUCAGUCAACUUAUGGUUACAAUGACCCAAACCAAGCUGGCGCAUCCAACAACAACUACUUCUCCUAUAAUGACUCAAACCAAGCUGGACCGUCCAACACCAAUUACCCCCCCUACAGCAACCCACAGUACCCAAUGUACACCAACCAAAACUACAACCACCCACCAACACCAACAAACCUAUUAUCUCACUUUUCUCCGGCUUCGUUGAACUCUAGUGAUCAAUUUCUGGAUAUGGGAUGGCCAACAAGGGAACACGAUGUGUCAUUGUCAUUGGUUAUGGUAGUCAAAUACAAUCAGCUGCAGAUAACAACGACGAAGACCAACAUGACCCUCAAGUAA